AUGAAAUUUUUCAACGUCAUUGACGGCCAGCGACGCGGCGGCGACAGCCACCAUCAGUGCACCAAUCCCCGUACCGAGGAGGCUCUCUGGGAUGCUCCUAUCGCUACUGUCCGAGAUCUCGAGGAUGCAAUCACUGCAGCCCAGAAAGCUCUCAAGGCGUGGUCCAAGACCACGACAGAGGAGCGGGCCGACUUCCUGCGCAAGAUUGUCGAUGUCUAUACCGCGCACAAGGAGGAGCUGAUGGAAAUCGUCAUGAAGGAAACUGGGAAAUCGCUCUUAGCAUACUCAUGCUCCACAGCCAAGGUCCAUCUCGAAGACGAGGUCACUUUCGAGGAUGGCAAGCUUAAGAUCGUCGCCACCCAUCACCCUCUGGGCGUCGUCGGCGCAAUCUGCCCAUGGAACUUUCCCCUAAUCUUGUCAAACAUCAAAGUGGUAUCCUCACUAGUUACAGGCAACUGCGUCAUUGUUAAGCCCUCCCCUUUUACGCCGUACUCCGUCAUGAAGUCUGUCGAACUCCUCAUCGACGUUCUUCCUCCCGGUGUCAUCCAGGUAGUCAACGGCGGCACCGACCUCGGUGUUGCCAUGACUCUUCACCCAGGCAUCGCAAAGAUCAGCUUCACGGGAACCAUUGCCACCGGCAAAAGCGUAAUGGCCAACUGUGCAAAGACACUGAAACGCUUGACUCUGGAGUUGGCUGGCAAUGACGCAGCCAUCAUAACCGACAAUGUUGACAUUGGCAAGGUGGCGGGGCAGGUUGCGACAGGAUGCUUCUUCAACGCUGGCCAGAUGUGUGUGGCGACAAAGCGUAUCUACGUUCAUGAAUCGAUAUAUGACGGUUUCCUCGAUAAGUUCUCCAGUGAGGUGAAGAAGUCCUUCGCAAUCAACAACGACGCCGACUCGCCCAGCCUGUUCGGCCCGGUCUCGAAUAAGACGCAGUAUGACACCGUCAGGGACAUUGCCGAGCACUACAAAAAGAAUGGUUUCAACAUCAUUGCGGCCGAGCUCCCCUGGACUCCAAGGGCUUUUGGGUACCGCCGACCAUCGUUACGAAGCCGCCAGAGGACUCGAUUCUUGUGCAAGAGGAACAGCCCCAUCGUACCGAUCGUCACUUGGACGGACGAAGAGGACGUGAUCCGGCGCGCCAACCUCAGAAACGCCGGCCUCGGGGCGUCGGUUUAUUGCAGAGACGUAGGCCGAGCCGAGAGUAUAGCCAGAAAGCUCGAGGCAGGCACGGUUGCGAUCAACGUGCCGGAGCUGCCAAACCCCGGUGGCUACUUUGCAGGGAUGAAGGACAGCGGCCAUGGAGGUGAAAUGGGCAAGCAGGGCUUGUUGUCGUAUUGUUACACCCAAAGUCUUCAGUUUUCAAAGGAUUGA